AUUUUUUAACCAAAAUGACCAUGGGCGAAAGUACACUUAGCCAAUCUGUGGUCAUACGAAGCCUUAGGAGUAUAAGAGACCGGCUGUUUAGUGAUACCAGAAAGCGAACUGAGGACGUACUGGCACCGUCAGAUCGCAAUGAAGAAGAAAACACUUGUUCCUAUCUGGACGCAUUACCGGUGGACAUGCAGUUCUUCAUCAUGGCUUAUCUGUCAGCUCAAGAUCUGUGCAGGCUGGGUGCCACCAGUCGAUACUGGAGGCUGAUGAUUCGAGACCCACUUCUGUGGAGAUACUUCUUCCAGCGAGACAUGCCUCUAUGGCAGUCUAUUGACCACCUCUCAAUGCCUCGGCUGGAGCUCUUGGAUGCACCUGCCUCAGAGGGCUCAGAGGAGCUGCAAAGUUCUGAUUACAUGACAGAGUAUCUUAGAGCCUGCCCAGCAUGCAGGAGACAGUGGCAACAGCCCAGGGCAGCGUACCAAGCUGUGGCCUCCUUCCUCCAGUCCCUCGUGCCCAGCGCUGAGCCUCGCUUUGCCAUGAUUGGCCCAGGUCUGGAACAGCUGGAGGUUUCCCUGAUGAACACGGUGAUGCACUCUCCAGACGUGUUACCUGUCGGCGAGUUACCCAAACGCCAAAUCAACGGGAUUGGAUCCGGAAUUAGUUUUUUGUUUAAUAACCAGCAUAAAUUCAACAUUGUGACUCUAUACUCAGCCAACAGGACAGAAAGGGAGAGGGCACGAAUUGAACAGGUGAAUAUUCAGAAUAAGCUGUUCAUCCAAGAGGAAGACACCCAGUCCAGCAGCGUGGCUUACAGCCUUGCCCCACAGCUACAGGAGGUCUGCCUGGCCAUGAAUGGAUUCAUCUAUGUGGUCAAUGCAGAGCUGGAUGGAGGCAGAGAAAGAGAGAGGGCUCAGAUCAGGGCCAUGCUGGACCCGGCCUGGGGCCCUACAACUCGACCUCUCCUGGUCCUGUCCUGUGUGUCCAGGGAAGAGGGGGGCGGGGGGCGGACGCCCUGUGUGACUGUGGCCCAUCAGCUCCAACUCUCAUCUCUACCAAACCCCUGGAUGGUGCAGAACACAGUUGCAGAAUCUUUGUCAGGACUGCUGGACGGAAUUGAGUGGCUGCUUCGACACUCAGGAUUUAGACUCUAACCAUCCUUGUUUUUCUACAAACAAGAAUAAUGCCAAAGUUUAUGAUAAAUGGGUGACCAGUCGCUGGG